AUGAUUGAAAAACGGAAUUGGCACAACCUCGGAUUGCUUCUCAUCGGAUGCCUGAUCUGUUUAGCCCUAUGGAACAAGACCUCCAAUCCCUCUAUAUCUCCGGAUAUUCCAAUUUUUAGCCGCUCGAUCACGGUCUACAAGUUGUACACUCAAAACACCAGCGGACAUCACAACCAAUUUCUCUAUUUACCUGAGAAAGAUUAUACUCAACUUAUAGAUUUAGAUUUCAACUUUACUCUAGUCAAUUUUGGUUGCAAUGAAACCAAUAACGCCCUGUUGCUGUUGGUUCUCGUUCACUCGUCUCCCAAAAACGUAGCGAAAAGACGAACAAUUAGGGAGACUUGGGGCAAGAAAGAUGAUAAUGUUAAACUCCUGUUUUUGGUUGGUAGCGUCAACUCCACAGAGAUCCAGAAUAUUUUGGAAGACGAGAAUAGCUUACAUAAUGAUAUUAUUCAAGGAAGCUUUUUAGACACUUACAGGAAUAUCACCUACAAACAUGUGAUGGCUUUCAAGUAUGCCAUCUAUCAUUGUCCACAAGCCAAAUAUAUACUCAAGACUGACGACGAUGUAUUCGUCAAUAUGCCAACAAUGAUUAAAUUCCUCACGUUCGAUCUGUCACCGUACGGUGCUAGUAAUGUUCUGUUUUGCACACCUAGGUUUAAUUCGAAAGUUCUGAGGUCAUAUCGCUCCAAAUGGAGAGUGUCUUUUUCCGAAUACCCUUACAGAGUGUACCCCACUUAUUGCCCUGGAUGGGCUUUGCUGUAUUCACCAGACGUCAUAUACGCCUUGUAUAAAGAAGCACAAAAAACUGAUUACUUUUGGAUAGACGACAUUCACAUAACCGGUACUUUGACAGAGAAACUGAGCAUCCUUCACACUGAUAUAGAAUAUUUGGUGUUAUCUGAAAAGAAUUUGGGGAGUAUUGUUGAGAAUUCUCAGAAUGUGUCUGUGCCAUUUCUGUAUGGAAGGGCAAAUAUGAGAGAUAAAGAAAUCAGAGCUCUUUGGAAUUUCUCUAUGCUUCAUGAUUCGCCAAAAUUCAUAUUCAGGGAUGUUGAAAGGAAAUAUAUUUAA